UUUUUUUUUCUUUUAGUUUUUUUUUUUCUUUUUUUUUUUUUUUUUACUCCCCCCCCGUGUGUUUCGGAAGGGGGGAGGGGAGGGCGCUUCACGCUGCUUCUUCGUGUUUGUUUCCCGGGUUCGUGUUUCCCGGUCGGCCGGGCCGGGCCGCCACGGCACUGAGAAGAAGGGGGCUCAAGCGUACCGCGGCGGCGCCUCAGCGGGUUUUGUUUUUGCACUGAAUGUAGCCAGGACGGAUCCUUGUGGGCUUUGGCAGCCCUUGGAAACUGUCAAAGGCAGUAUUUUGCAUUUCUGCAGAGCUUUGCACAGAUCCUGUUCCCAUGCAAACUGAUGAGGGAGAAAUACUGGAGGAAGGCAGUCCCAAGGUCAGUGAGAUGGAACAUGAGGAUUUUGUAAUGGAGGGGCAUGGCAAGACUCCACCUCCUGGUGAAGAAAACAAACAAGAGAAGGAGCAAGAAAGGGAAGAACAGUUAAUGGAAGACAAGAAAAGGAAGAAGGAGGAUAAGAAAAAGAAGGAAUCUGCUCAGAAGGUCACAGAUCAAAAAACCAAAGUGCCCGAAGUGACGAAACCAAGUUUAAGCCAACCAGUGGCUGCCAGCCCAAUUGGCAACUCUCCAUCGCCACCAGUCAAUGGUGGCAACAAUGCCAAAAGGGUGGCAGUGCCGAACGGACAACCGCCAAGCGCCGCCCGCUACAUGCCUCGGGAGGUGCCGCCGCGAUUCCGUUGCCAGCAGGACCACAAAGUGUUACUGAAACGUGGGCAGCCCCCUCCGCCAUCCUGUAUGCUCCUUGGGGGUGGAGCAGGGCCUCCUCCCCCAACAGCACCAGGAGCAAACCCAAACAACGCACAACCAGUGACAGGAGCACUGCUGCAGAGCGACAGUGGGACUGCAACAGAUUCAGCAAUUGGAGGUGCUGCUGCUUCAAAUUAUGCAAAUUCCACUUGGGGUCCUGGAGCCUCCUCCAACAGCGGCACCAACGCCAACCCAACUCACAUCUGGGACAAGGUGAUUGUAGACGGGUCUGACAUGGAAGAGUGGCCUUGUAUUGCCAGCAAAGAUGCUGAGUCUUCUUCCGAAAACACCACCGAUAACAACAGUGCCUCGAACCCUGGCCUGGAGAAGAACGCUCUGCCAGGAAGCACCACUAGUAACAAAGGAAAAGGAAGCCAGUGCCAGUCUGGAAGCGCUGGAAACGAAUGUAAUCUUGGGGCCUGGAAAUCUGAUCCCAAGGCUAAAUCUGUUCAAUCUUCCAACCCUGCUGCCGAGAGUAACAAUGGACUAGGUAAUUGGAGGAACUUGAGUGGCCAAGAUAGAAUCAGUCCCAGUACUGGCUUCAGCAACUUUAACCCAAAUAGCAACCCAUCUGCUUGGCCAGCACUGGUUCAAGAGGGCAAUUCUAGGAAAGGGACUUUGGAAUCUGAUAGCGGUAGCUCCAAUGCACAGAUUAGCACAGUAGGUCAGACCUCUAGGGAACAGCAGUCAAAGAUGGAAAAUGCGGGUGUUAACUUUGUCUCUGGCAGAGAACAGGCUCAAAUUCAUAACACUGAUGGACCAAAAAAUGGAAACACUAACUCCUUGAACUUAAGUUCACCAAACCCUAUGGAGAAUAAGGGAAUGCCCUUUGAAAUGGGCUUGGGGAACCCUUCCAGGAGCACUGACACCCCUUCACAAAGCACUGGAGAAAGAAAGACUGGGAGUGUUGGAUCUUGGGGUACAGCUAGGGGGUCUUCUGGAACUGACACAGCCUCUGGACAGAGCAAUUCUGGAAACCAUGGGAACAAUGGAAAGGAUAGAGAGGACUCCUGGAAAGGAGCUUCUGUUCAAAAACCUAAUGGGUCAAGAAGUGAUUCUUGGGAUAACAGUAACCGGUCUACGGGUGGUGGGUCUUGGAACUUUGGCCCUCAGCAUGCAAAUGAAAGCAAAUGGGGUGAAGGGAACAAAUUAACAUCUGGGGUCUCUCAGGGAGAAUGGAAACAGCUGUCUGGGUCUGAUGAACUGAAGAUUGGAGAAUGGAGUGGUCCAAACCAACCAAAUUCUAGCACUGGAGCAUGGGACAAUCAAAAAGGCCACCCUCUUCCUGAAAACCAAGGCAAUUCCCAGGCUCCCUGUUGGGGAAGAUCUUCCAGCUCUGCAGGAAGUGAGGUUGGCGGUCAAAGCACUGGAAGCAACCACAAAGCAGGAAGCAGUGACAGUCACAAUUCUGGACGCCGAUCAUAUAGGCCUACGCAUCCUGAUUGCCAGGCAGUCUUGCAGACUUUGCUGAGCAGGACUGAUUUGGACCCCCGAGUGCUUUCAAACACGGGCUGGGGCCAAACCCAAAUUAAGCAAGAUACCGUGUGGGAUAUUGAAGAGAUGCCACGGCCCGAGGGGAAGUCUGAUAAAGGAACUGAGGGGUGGGAGAGCUCUGCCACACAGACAAAGAACUCAGGGGGCUGGGGCGAUGUACCCAGCCAAAGCAAUCAAAUCAAGUCUGGAUGGGGUGAGCUCUCAACCCCAACAGAGUGGAAGGACCCCAAAAAUACUGGAGGAUGGAAUGACUAUAAGAACCCCAAUUCUUCUAAUUGGGGAGGAGGAGGAAGAACAGAAGAAAAAUCAUCUUCCUCUUGGAAUGAGAAUUCCAGUAGUAAGGAUCAGGGGUGGGGUGGACGGCAGUCUAAUCAAGGAUGGUCUUCUGGAAAGAACGGUUGGGGAGAGGAAGUUGACCAAACAAAGAACAGCAACUGGGAAAGUACAGGAAACAAGCCAGUGUCUGGUUGGGGUGAAGGUGGGCAGAAUGAGAUUGGAACUUGGGGUAAUGGUGCAAAUACAAGCGCUGCUUCAAAAGGUGGGUGGGAUGAUUGUAAAAGAACUUCAACGUGGAAUGAGACGGGUCGACAGCCCAACUCCUGGAACAAGCAGCAGCAACAGCACCAGCAGCAACAGCAGGAGUCUUCUGGUUCCUGGGGUCCACCGCCCCAAACUCCAAGUAACGGGCGACCUCCAAACCCAAACUGGAACAGUGGACCACAACAAGCUGCCCCCAAAGAGGAGGAGCCUAGUGGCUGGGAAGAACCUUCGCCACAGUCAAUCAGUCGGAAAAUGGAUAUUGAUGAUGGCACUUCAGCAUGGGGAGAUCCUAGCAGUUAUAACUACAAGAAUGUGAACCUGUGGGACAAGAACUCACAAGGAGGACAGGCCCCACGGGAGCAGAGCCUGCCUACUCCAAUGACUAGCAAAUCGCAAGCAUCAGUCUGGAGCAAAAGCACUCCACCUGCUCCAGAUAAUGGUACGUCCGCCUGGGGUGAGCCAAAUGAAACAAGUCCCGGGUGGGGUGAAGUAGAUGAUACAGCAGCAUCAACAACAGGCUGGGGGAAUGCACCUUCCAACGCCCCGAAUGCCAUGAAAUCUAGUUCUAAAUCUAUGCAAGAUGGCUGGGGAGAGAGUGAUGGGCCAGUGACAGGAACGCGUCAUUCCAGCUGGGAAGAGGAGGAGGAGGGAGGAGUCUGGAACACAGCAGGCUCUCAGGGAAGCAAUUCCUCCCACAACUCAACAAGCUGGGGGCAAGGAGGAAAGAAAACACAAAUGAAGUGCGCAUUAAAAGGAGGAAAUAGUGAUUCAUGGAUGAACCCUUUAUCCAAACAGUUUUCAAAUAUGGGCUUGCUAAGUCAAACUGAGGACAUUCCAGGCAGUAAGAUGGACUUGUCUGUAGGUGGUCUCCCAGAUAAGAAGUUUGAAGUAGAUAAACGAACCAUGAAUCUUGGGGAUUUUAAUGACAUGAUGAGAAAGGAUCGAUCUGGGUUCCGUCCAUCUAAUUCCAAAGACAUGGGAACCACAGAUAGUGGGCCUUAUUUUGAGAAGCUGACUUUGCCUUUCUCCAAUCAAGAUGGGUGCCUUGGGGAUGAGGCUCCCUGCUCUCCCUUCUCCCCUUCUCCCAGCUACAAGCUGUCUCCCUCUGGUUCCACACUAUCCAACGUCAGCCUUGGGGCAAUCGGCUCAGGGCUCAGUCCCCAAAACUUCGCUGCUAGACAAGGUGGCAAUCAUGGUUUGUUUGGAAACAGCACAGCACAAUCGAGGGGCAUGCACACACCAGUGCAGCCACUAAAUCCUUCCCCCAAUAUCCGGGCGCAAGUGCCUCCCCAAUUUCUUUCUCCCCAGGUUUCGGCCUCCAUGCUCAAACAAUUUCCCAACAGUGGCUUGAAUCCUGGUCUUUUCAAUAUGGGCCCCCAGCUUUCUCCGCAACAGAUUGCCAUGCUGAGCCAGCUUCCACAGAUUCCCCAGUUUCAAUUAGCAUGUCAGCUCCUCCUUCAGCAACAGCAGCAGCAGCAACUGUUACAGAGCCAGAGGAAGUUAUCUCAAGCUGUGCGGCAACAGCAGGAGCAACAGAUUGCUCGUAUGGUGAGUGCCCUCCAGCAGCAGCAGCAGAGGCAGCCUAGCAUGAAGCAUUCACCAUCCCACCCUGUUGGGCCUAAGCCACAUUUAGACAGCAUGGUACCCAAUCCUUUGAAUGUGGGUCUCUCAGAUUUACAGACCAAAGGUCAAAUACCUGGAUACGGUUCAGGCUUUGGCUCGAGUAGCAUGGAUUAUGGCAUGGUGGGAGGGAAGGAGGCUGGAACAGAAUCCCGCUUUAAGCAGUGGACUAUGAUGGAAGGGCUGCCCUCUGUGGCUUCACAAGAUGCCAAUAUGCACAAAAAUGGUGCAAUAGUGCCCCCUGGGAAGACUCGUGGAGGAUCGCCCUACAACCAAUUCGACAUAAUUCAGGGCGACCCCCUGGGUGGCCAUGCUGGUGAUAGUUGGUUACCUGCCAAAUCUCCACCAACGAACAAGAUUGGAAGCAAAUCCAGCAACGCCAGCUGGCCUCCAGAGUUCCAACCAGGAGUGCCAUGGAAAGGUAUACAAAACAUUGACCCUGAAUCUGACCCCUAUGUGACCCCUGGAAGUGUGCUGGGGGGGACAGCCACAUCUCCCAUUGUAGAUACUGACCACCAACUUCUGCGGGACAACACCACAGGGUCUAAUUCUUCCCUCAACACCUCGCUGCCUUCACCUGGUGCCUGGCCCUACAGUGCCUCUGACAAUUCCUUCACCAACGUUCAUAGCACUUCAGCAAAAUUCAGUGAUUACAAAUCAACAUGGUCCCCAGAUCCCAUAGGACACAAUCCCACUCAUCUCUCCAGCAAGAUGUGGAAAAACCAUAUUUCCUCAAGGAACACUACAGGGCUGCCCCGCCCGCCUCCUGGCCUGACCAACCCCAAACCAUCAUCUCCAUGGAACAGCACAGCAUCCCGAUCGGUCAGGGGCUGGGGGGCACAGGACUCAAGGCUUGGCUCUGGUGAGAAGAAUCAACUGAUAGCACCAUUGAUCAGACCUGAGGAGUGUACGUUUUACAGCACUAAUGGUUUGGAGGAAAGAAAGUUGCAGUUGUCUGCAUCUACUUGGAGUGAUGGUGGCUCAGUUCGUCCUAGCUACUGGCUGGUUCUUCACAAUCUCACUCCACAGAUCGAUGGGUCAACCUUGAGGACGAUCUGCAUGCAGCAUGGCCCACUGCUGACAUUCCAUCUGAACCUGACCCAGGGCACCGCCCUUAUUCGAUAUAACACCAAACAGGAGGCGGCCAAGGCCCAGACUGCACUGCACAUGUGUGUGUUGGGAAACACUACCAUCCUGGCUGAGUUUGCCACAGAUGAAGAGGUUAGUCGUUUUCUGGCACAAGCUCAGCCCCCUACACCUGCAGCAACCCCAAGUGCACCCACAGCAGGCUGGCAACCCCUGGAGACAGGACAGAACCAGACAGAUCCAGUUGGACCUGCUUUGAAUCUCUUUGGUGGGUCAACAGGGCUUGGGCAGUGGAGCAGUGGUGGCGGCAGCAGCAGCAGUGGGAGUGAUCUCACUGGCGCUUCGUUGUGGGGGCCCCCAAACUAUUCUUCAAGCUUGUGGGGGGUCCCAAGUGUAGAGGAUCCACACAGAAUGGGCAGCCCUGCUCCCUUACUACCUGGAGACCUUCUGGGAGGAGGGUCGGAUUCAAUCUGAACUUAGAACUUUCAACUCUGACCUCGUGACCUUUUUUGGAACAGCAGCAGCACUAACUUGACCUUUUCGUUUUUUUCAACUUGCAAUAAAUACAUUUAUAAAAGGAAAAAAGAAAACGGAGAGAGAAAAAAAAAAAAAGGUGGGUCAUUGACAGACUGUCUGAGCACAUAGUUGCCUCCCUUAUAUAACUUCAGUUUUUUCGUUUGGAAUAUGAAUCCAAAAAAGAGAACAUAUCACUCUUGAAAUACUUGAAUCAUGAACGCCAACUAGAAAGACAAUGUGAAGCAAGUACACAUACCAUUUAAAUUUAAACACAAAAAAGUAAAAAAAUUAGUUUCUAGUUUUUCACUUUUUCAUGUUAUACGGAAGUUGUUGCUAAGAAACAUAUAUACUGAAAAAAUAGCUUUUUAACUUCGUUUGCACUGGGUGUGUUUCCGUCCUUAGGUCUACCAUGUUGGGUUGGGGUAGGGGAGGGUUUCAAAAGCAAAAGGGGGGGGGGAGGGGAAGACUUGACGGAGCCUCACUUUAAAAACAAAAACAAAAACAAAAAAAAUUAAAAAGUAAAAACCCACAAAAAAAAAAAGAACAAAACAGAAAAAAAAACAACAAAACAAAAAAACCAACACUUUGUGAUUGGCUGGUUGAUAAGUACCAGUGUGUUCUGGCACAUGUAACUGCCCACGUGUGCUUGUUUCUGUGUGAGUGUGUGUGCACAUGUUUGUGUGUGUGCAUUUUUUUCUCUCUAUAUAUAUAGUCUUGAAACGCUGCAUUGCUGAUGGUCUACGGGCUGGCUGGCCAUCUGCAUGUCUUGAUUCUGAAACCAGGACGGGCAUGGUGGAGUCCUUGUGGCUGAAGCAGAAUCCAGUUGGGCUGGAUUAAAAUUCGUCAGUAGGUUUUUUUUUUAAUUCAUUUUAGCAGGGUGCUAUCUCAAAUCUGCAGAUCAUAUUGAGUGGGUAGUUGCUUCCUGGCCCUUGUUCUAACCCUGUGGUAGAGCAGAACACUGCCAUAUCCAAAGGAUUUGGUGAGAGGGGAGCCAAUGUUGUCUUUUGAGUAGCAGUAUAUUUAUUUAUUUAUGUCUGCAUGUGGGGUUUUUGUACUGAGUGAACCCUAGAAUGUUUGUUACGUAAUGCAAGCCAUUUUUUUUUUCUUCCAACGAGGGGAAAAGAGUAAAUAAGACAUUGCCAUUUUUUGUGCAGCUAAGUCAAAUUCUCUUAUUCAGUGUCUCACAAGCUUCACUACCUUUAAAAAGAACAGCAGUGUUUCUUUUCUCCCCCAGACCUAUAUAGGCACCCAUACUGAUUCUUGAAGAUUCCAUCAAAAGCUUGAAUGUCCAGCCCAACCAAAUUACUUUUAUUUGAUUGACUGCUUCUAUUAAAACUGACAAAAAACAAAUGGUGUCAGCAAAUCGCUGGCCGGCCUGCCUCAUCUCCUGAAAGCACAUGCAGCUAACUCCUUUCUGCGUCCUUCAUGGUGAGCGUUACCUGUGCCAGGCCUUGGUGUAUUACAGCGCCAGACCAUCACUGACAGAAACGUUUACUUAUGAAUGUUCUUAAACCAGUGUGUACUUCAAAGGUUUCCUUUUGUUUCUCUGUGUUGUAUUUUUCCUGUGUAUGUGGUUUUGCUUAGGGAGGUAUAUAACUAGCAAAGACUUUCUUUUUUUUUUUUCUUUAAGAAGUAUUGCACCUUUUUGUUUUUUUGUUUUUACUUUUUCUGUACUGUUGCUUUUUAAUUUCUGUACUUAAGGAAAGGUUUGGGGUUUUUUUAGCAUCAGUAUAGUAGUACUCUGGGCAGGAUAGGGGUGACCUGUAAUCCACAGUGAUAGCCAGUGUGUGCGUGCAUGUGUGCGCUGGGAACAAAACUUUUCAGACCUGUUGUGAAAAAGAGUUGUAGCAGACUUGAAGGAACAUCCCUUGACAGAAAGUGAGAGGUCUUUCGGAGGGGUGGGGAAGGGAGUGGGCCUGGGAGAAGAGGGAAGAGAGAUGCCGGUACUUCUUCCGUAAGUGCUAGGACUUCCAUGUGGUGUUGUCCAGCUGUUAUACUGUCUAUCAAAGUGCCGACAUUCUGUACCAGCACAUACCUGUCCAUUCCAGCCCUCAGCGGUAGCAGUGUGCGGGCUUUAUUAUCUGGGGGGGGGAGAGGAUAGGGGAGUCUUUCUUCAGCAUUUUCAUUGAAGGAUAUGACAAUGUCUAACACAUUUAACUCUUAAGCAUGGGUUGGGUGGGAAGAAGGAAAAGCAGAUUCAAUUAUGGGGGGGGGGGGGGGUGCGUGUGUGUGUGUGUGCGCGUGCCUGUGCAGGGGGUGGGAGGGAAGGGCUAGGGAGUUUGGUGACUUUUUUUAAUUCGCCCUUUCUAUAAAAACCCAAUGUCACAAGGAAGACUGACUGAGGGAAAUGCUGCAUAUACACAUGCCUGUAGAUUUGUAUGCAAAGUGUUAAGUGACAAAAAGUACGAGUAGGUUUGUAUUUGCUUAGUAAACUGGAGUGUGCAGCAUACUCUGGCCCCUUCUGAAUAUACUUUUCUAUCAUGUCUCCUCUUUCAUCCAUCCCACCAUGCACAAAGAAACAAAAUGCUCUCUUCCAGCUCCUGCUAGCCAGUGCCCCUUGCGUGCACACAUCCAUACAGCUUUGUUUCUGCUAGUCUCUGCUUGAAGACUAGCUGCGCUCAGACAUGCAGAACAGGUUCUUUAAAGUCCUGUGCCAGCAGUACUUCCUAGCGAAGCACCUUUGGCCUGAGUAAGCCAGUAUCCAUUCUGUCACAUGAUUUGCUAUACAUGCUGGUUCAUUGCUGUGUUCCACCCUCACUUCUCUCUCCCAACCUACCCUAAGGUCCCUUUUCCUGCACUUUGGGCUAGUUGAGGUCAUUGCGAUACUACGGUGAAAGCCGGGUGCUAGAGCCCCUCUUGUUUACAAGACAUAAUGAGGGAUUUGAAAUAUUUAAAAAGAAAAGCUAAAUUGUUCUUCCAUUGUAAGCUUAAAGGGAAAAAAAUUAAAACAUACAAAAAAAAAAGACCAAAAAGUGCAUAUAUAUAUUUUAGAUGAAGACUAACUCUGGGAGCAUUUAACAGUGUUUUUGUUUUUAUUUUAACAUUUUAUUUUCCUGCUUUAAAUUUGCAAGCAUUCUCAGGAAUUCUAGGGUAGGAAGCCAGUUUUUUGAAGAUGGUUUAUUUAACCUUAUCUUAUCCUAGAUAGAUGGCUGUUUCUUGUGAUAAACUUUUACAAGUUCCUGAAUCUUCAAAAUGUUUGAAAGUUUUUACUUUAAAAUAAAAAUGCUAAAAAAAAUAAAAAAAGAAAAAGAAAAAAACAAGAAAUCUCCAAACAUUACUGUCAAGGGGGGAACAAGAAUUUUAAAGACUGUAAGAUACAUUAAGAAAACUUCUCAAUAUCAGCAACAGAAAUUCAUUGUAAUCUUAAACAAGUUGUGGGAGAAGAAGGGUUAUCAUUUGUAGUGCUUUGUUACUCAUGCAGAUAAGUGCAGUUGCAUGGAGAAGUGUGUGAAUGGAAAUCUAUCACUUUGUUCCCUCUUGAUUGAAACUAAAUGAAAAUAUUCUUAACAAGCACCUUUUUAAAAGCAGAGUGAAACUAUAAACCUAAUUAAAAUGCAGUAUAGCUUAAAUGAAAAGAGUCCUCAGUUAGGAGGACUAGCAGGAAAUACACGAUGGUGCUUCUUUAAACCACUUUUAAGUAGUGCUAAAGAAAACCAGUGCUGACAGAAUACCCAGUAAUGAAGUAGAUUUAUUAUCCUGCCCUUUUCAAUACAGAAAAGGGAGGCAAUAUGUAAAAACUCCAGUAAAAUGUACAUUAGAAAUGAGCUUUCCUGUUUUCACCUAUUUGGUCAGUUUCAUUGCCCACUUGGAGAUUUGCUGCUUGCUUUUCUUCACCCACCCCACCUCCCAGUCUUCUGUUAUAUUUUCUAUGGGGGGAAAAUACCUGUUAAACUUUUCUGUUCACUCUAUUGCUGCUGACUGUCGGGGCUUACAGUCUUGAACUUCAGAGUUCUGUGUUGGUUAUGGCCAACUUCUGUCUCCCAGCUCUAAGGGUCAGGGGCUUAACUCUGCCUGAAAUGGCUAGGCUCAAACCACAGAGACCGCGUUAGUGCCUUUUUACAUGCACCCACAUGCCCUACAGUAGGGAAGGGAAGAGAAGAUGAGGCAAAGUGAGGCAGUAUAGCCACUUGAUGGAAGUAGAUGUUCCCAUUCUUAAGGAAAAGAGCAUACUGUGUUAAGCAUGUCAUGCAAUGAGUUAUGAAACAGUAGUUAACUUUUUGUUAUUAAAAAAAAAAAGAUGCCAAAUUCUGUCCUUUUCAUAUCAGUUGCCCAGUGUUUUCAUGUUGCACUGUGUAUACAUCUGAGUGUAUACGUGUGUAUUGAAAAUAAUGCAUCAAUAAGAAUAAUAACGUGCUUUAAAAAAAAUAAUCCUGUCAUGGGUCAGUAAAAGGAAGGUUUAUUUAGGGAGUUUGGGGGGUUAUUUUAUGGAGAGAGUUUGAGCGCUUUUCCAGAGGUGUUCUACCAAAUCUGCAAUGUCCUAAAAGAGAGGAAGCUGUAGGAUUUAAUCAAAAGGAGCCCAGGAACUUGACUGUCAUUUGGAAGCAGGUUGUGACUGGCUGCCAGAGAGUUGGCAGUCUGGAGCUUUGACAGUCUGCUGGGUCCAAGCCUAUCAUAGUACAACAGCCUGCUCCUCCUUUUGCUAAAUGUGCAGCCUGCAAAUGUUAGUGACUGUCUCCUUAGUGAUAGUUUUCCUAAAUCAUUAAAGCAAGAUUAAUCUUAGAAUUCUCCAGCUACAGUUGACAAUUUUGUUCCACUCAGAAUUACAUGUAGCUAAUGAUGAUGUUGCUAGUACGUCUUAGUCAUGGCACUUCUGACUAUGGCAAGUGAUUCCUGAGCACUGUGCUAACCGGAUUCAUCUUCUGGGGACAACCGGCACUCAAUGUAGUAAAUAAUUCUGCUACCAUUUGAGCUCAUAACAACGAAAGGUCAGCAGCAAUUGAUGUUAGAGUACUUCUGGGCUUUUACAGAACUGUUCCAUGGAGGGAAUCUGUGGCAUCAUCUUGUUUAAACUUAACAACAAAGGAGGUGGUUAAAAGAAGCUGGGGAAAGCACAGCUCAGAAUAGGCUAUGGGCAUCUCCUUCUAGAGAAAAAUAAAACAUAACACCCUUCACUAAAAAACAUUUUUUUACUUUCUCAAGUGACAAACAGAACUCUUUUUAUUAUUUUGUUCUUAGUUUUGGUUCUCCAGGGUAUAUACUUUAAACAUACACAUACUCUACAGGUGGUUUCAGCAUUCCAGGUUUUCCUCCUGGUUUUGACUCCUCCAUUGCUUAUUUUGUAAAAGAAAAAAAGAAAUACAUUUUAGCAGUCUUGUAAUCAAAUAUCCAUUUGUUACCAGCCACUUUACCCCACCCUGCAGUGUGUAUCAAGCUGAGAAUUUUUUAAUGGGUUUGAUCUUUUACUGCAUUUCAGUAUUUCAUUUUAGCAGUGAAAUAAAAUCUAACAAGAGUACAGCUCAGAAACCUGUGCUGAGAACUCUGGCAUUUACUUUGGAAAGCAGCUGUAGUACUAUGUACUUUGGAAGACAUGCCAUCUUUUCCUUACGUUUUUAUGCUUUUACCUGGGCGCUUGCCCAGCAGUCCAGAGAGUGGGUUUUUUGUUGGUUUGGGUUUUUUUUCCAGUCACAGGGUGUCAGGUUUUCCUUACAAGUUUUUUAUUUUGCUUCAUGUUAAGUGGCUUGUGUAAUGAGCAAGAAUAUUAAGCCAAGUGUGUUUUCCCUCUGCAGUAUAAAUAGGGUGUUUUCAACAAACUGGCUGGAAUAACCACCUCAAGGAUUAAAUAAAAUUGAACCUUCACAUUAAUUUGGCUUCCCCAUCCAUGAAAUUUCUAAACAUCUACUCCUUAGAAAUUUUCCCCUAUUCUUUCUUCCUGAAAAUGCUGCCACAUCUUUCACUGUGUCUCAGUAGUACAGCUAAACGAUACUGUAGGGGUUUUUUUUGCUUCAUUCUUAAUUACGUUUAGCUCUUAGGCUUCUGAUUUUGCUUGUGUGUAUUUUCUCCCUGUUGACUUUCAAAGGAGUAUAUUUUGGGUAUGUGAGAAACCCAAAUUUGGCCAAGUCUGGUCCAGGAAAUCAGGAGUGAUCCUCAUGUGAUUUAGUCCCACUGACCUUAAAUGAAUGAGUACUGCUUGGGUAAGGGCUCUUUGUGUAAUAAAACCUAGCUGGACCAGGGCCAAGGUAGCACAUGAAGAUCUGUUGUAUUUCCGGUGCAGCAAACAUCUGUGUUGCAUGUAUCACAUUCACUGCAAAUCAUGUCACCUUAGUAUCCAGGUUUCUCAAGUGGUUUGGAAUGCUGGGUUUGCGGUAGAUGAUUAUUAGCAUCUCAGGGUAUGAGUCCUGACUGAGUAAAAGGUAGUUUUUUCUCUCUGAAGAGGUAAAGUUCACCUGGCAGAAGCAGCUUUCUUAAUUGUAAAUAUGCAUGCAUGUAUUUGUGGGCAGGAAAGUAAUACAAAGAAAAACUAAGUUGAAAUGAAUUAUAGAAAAUAAACAACAAAACAAAAAACCAAACAAAUGCUGUUGAAGUGCAACUUUGGUCCUGAGUCUGAAACAACAUAUGCAGAAUCUGUUGGUUUGUCUAAAUCGAUAUUGCACAAAAUACCAUUUCUGUUCUGUAGUUUAUUUGCUACUAUUUUAGAGUUAGGAACUGAUAGUCUUAGAUCCUAUCAGUUAUUCCCACUGUGGUCAAAAUACGAAUGUCUAAAGCCCAAACUCUCUUCCGUUUCCUUCCCCUCCAGUAGUAGGCUUCCCCCUGUGGCAGAAGGAUGGCAACAUCAAUGGGGAGAAAUAAGCAAAAUUUCCCAGUGUAGACAGAGCCGGUUUUCCCUGUUGUCCUGAAUUCACAACCAGACCUAAAACACAAAUCAAAAACUAUGCUGUAGCAGAAUUGUUGGUUGGGCUAAAUGACAGGGGCCUAACUGGAGAUUUUUACUAGCCUUGCUAGUUCAUGUCCCUCACAAUGUUUUGCAUAAGUGUCCCAUCACUGUAAAUACCAGUGUUGCUGAAUUUUACCAAAGUUCCCCUGCAGUAGAUAAUAUUAACUAGGUCCAUUUUUGUAAUUACUCGCCAAGCAGAGCUUUGCCUACAGUAGAAUUCAAGGGUCUGUCUGCAUUGCUAUUAAAACUGAGUCAGGGUCCUGUUUAAAAUAUAGCUCUCUAUUAUGUGGUGUUACGUGAGACUUUGUGAUGUAGUAACUAUAGCUUCUAAUCCUUAUAUGAAAAGUGAUUUAAGGUUUUAUCUGUGCUACAAAAAGCGCCACAGCUCCCAGUGGUUUGGAGCCUACUUUUAAAACUACUGUCAGGCCAAGACGGAUGCAGCUUCAUCUGUGUCAUGCAGCAGACAACAUCCGUUUGCAUCCACAGUUUGUGUGCGUGUUGCUUUUCAUCAAGCUAUGCAGGAAAGCUGUUCUCUCAAAGUCUCUCAGACUCCUGUGCUGUAUGAGCAAGCUUCUAGCAAAUCAAGUGCCCUCUGCAAAGAGCUAUUUUCGCCCAGUAUGUGUGACAGCUGGGACUGGUGACAUUUGGCAGUGUUAGGUCUCCUGUUAAUGUUGUAGUGAGAAAGGGAGUUCCUUGACUUGACUCUGACAGCCUUUCUGUUAAUGAAUACAGAGCACUCCAGAGGAAAAGGAAAGAGGAAAAAUUCAUUGUGCCAGCCAGCAUUAAGUAUUCUUGCAGCAGACAUUCUAGACUGUGGUGGGCAGAGGGGAAGAGACUGGAGAAGUUUGCAUGGAUGCGCAAUACAAGGAGGCUCUUGGUUAUUAGUGUGGUGUUGCAUUCACAGAAAUAAUUUCCUCUUUUUUUUUAAUCUGUUCUUUUUUUUUUUUUUUUUUAAUUGAGACAUAGUGGAAACUUCUCCUGUUUCAGGUGAAACACAACCAUAAGUGAACAUUGUCUUCAUCAUUUACUGUUGAGCAGUAAGAGCAGGUUGCACAGCUUGUUAGAAUAGCUAUUUUAGUGACAUGGUUAUGAUAUUAUGUGCUUUCUUUCCCCUCCCUCUCCCUGCCAGAUAUGGCUUACCCUUUCUAUAUAAGGCGCUGUGUGGGUUUUUUUGUUUUGUUUUGGGAAUGUGUGGAGAAGAAGCAAAAUGAAGUGAAAAUGCAAGCCAAGGUAGAACAGCCUUACUUUAGGGGGUAGCCUUACAACAGAGCUUUAUAGUGAGUGUGCUGUAUUCCAAAAUAUGUAAGCCAAAAACAAAAAGAAAAAGCAUUCAUUUAUGCAAAAAAAAAAAAAAUUUAAAAGAGGUGUUGGAAGACUUCUUUAAUAUUUACCUUCUAAAGGUAGAGUAAGGUCUCACCAAGUGAUACAUUAUUGUGAUACUUCUUGCUGAGUCAGUAGGGAUGGGUUGGGGUAUAAGCGCUUAACAUUUUCCUCCUAUGUUUUUACAAGCAGUAAGUUAAAUGUGGUAUUUAUGAAUGUGCCUUUGUGAGUAUAGUGACUGUCUAACUGAGGAGACCACUUGGGCUGGAGGGGAGACAAUGGUCAAUUUAUUCUUUCAAGAGGUCAGAUACUGAGAUUGCAGCCCACUGGUCCCUUUUGACAAGCAGCAUCUUUGGGCUGGUCUCUACACUGCACAAUACGUAUUCAUAUGUGGUAGAGAUUGGGGGGGGGGGGGGUGCUAAGGGAUGUCAUGUGAUGCACAGAAGCUGUUGAUAGUUUUAGGCUAGUCUGCCAUUGCAGGUUGAGUUUGUAAAUGUAUUGUGUGGCUUCUCUUUAUGUUUGUGUGCAUGAGUGUGCGUGUGGCUUUAUUUUUUGUAAGCACUGGAGAAUUGAAACACAGUGAUGUUUGAGACAAAUUUAUACAUGCAGAGAAGAUGAUGUUUUGUAGCUUCUGUUAAAUAGUGGGUGCAGGCACACUUUUACCCUCUCUGUCCAUGUCCUGAUAAGAAAAACAGGAAAUUAUUUUUUUCCAACCCUUCAACUUCCAGCACACUUAAUGUUGCCAUUUAAAUGAACAGGGUAUUACAGAAGAAGAAAAAAAAAAAAAGAGUUUUUGAAAUGGUGAGGUAGAAGUGUUUAAAGAAAGGUAAAAAUUCUGAAGUAAUUUUUGUUUCUUCGAAGCUGUUUGUAGCUAAACAUGGGAAUCUGCAGUGUCUCCUUCCAUUUGUUUUUUUUUUUUAUUUUCCUAAUAAUUCACCUCUUCGUCCCACCCAAAACAUGAGGUGUACAAGAACAAGAGCUGUUGCUGUAGCCCUUCAUAAUUCCCACCCUGAAAAGAAACUCCAGUGGGAUCCCUCAGCUCUAUUCAGGAAGACAAAGAGAGGAGAGACUCUGCAGUUUUCUUUGCUUCGCUCUCAUUCCUCUCUAAUGGCCUUGAAAUGUAUUAUUAUGCAAAUGUGAAUUUUGAUACUGAACUUAAGAAGAGGUUGUUUGUUCUUUUUUCAAAAAAAAAAAAAAGGUCCCAUAUGUGGUCAGCAUUGCUUCUUUAUUUUGUAAGUGAAUUGUAAACUAUGCAUUCUGCAAAGGGGGUGUAGGGGACAAAGAUAGCUUUGCUAAACUGUUAGGAGUUUCUGUGUCCAUGGUAUAUCUAUUAUAGUUUGGGGAAGUGGGGAGGUGAUGCCUUUGAAACAAAAAAGAGUUGAAAAGAA